UUAUUCGCGGAGGUUGGGAACGAGUUGUCGAGACAGUUGCUUUCGCGAGAGCUUAGGCGAAGCACAGCGCUCUUAGAUACGCGGUUUAUGCAACAGCGGCAAUCAAGGUGGCUAGAUUGAAUUCACUUUCACUCGGCAGUUAUGUCGGACGUUGCAUAACGCCACACACACACGCUCGCAGGAACAAUACAUCUGUGCAAGAAUACGGCGACUUGUAUCUUCGGCCGUUAUUUCGAGGAAUGUGCUGAGCAUCGAGCUAGUGGCGGUCUGUUUUGUGUUCUCGCAGUGUUAUUGUGUUUUAUUAUUGCCGCCGUAUCUUGUUUGUUAAAUCACCGUAUUGUCUGAAGGGAUGACGGGUAACUGAAGAUGGCAUCACCUACACCCUCAAUAGAAUCUUUACCAAGAGCUAAUUCAAUUGGAUCGUUUGGUGACCAACACGACUACCUUUCCCUUUCUCCCCUAGCUGACUCGCCACUAUCUGUCAGCGGCUCAUCUCCACCGGUGAGCGAUUCAGUAGACCGAGACAGCGACCCAUCGGAACUUCAUUGCCAGCAGUGCAGAGAACCCAUCUCAGACCCCAAGCUUCUAGCUUGCUUCCAUACGUUUUGCAAUACUUGUCUCGAGAAGAAUAAGCUUGUGUGUCCUCGUUGCAACUCUGAAUCCAUCGAAGGAAUCCUCAACAGCCUUUUAUUCAGUUCGGAGUCGAACACAGAAUCCUUCCAUUCCUCGUCUGUACGUUGCACCGGCUGCAAACACAAGAAACUAGACGCAGUAGCUCGCUGCGUAGACUGUGCCAACUACUUGUGCUCGAACUGCGUCAUGGCACACCAAUUCAUGCACUGUUUUGAGGGCCACAGGGUCGUUAAUCUGGCAGAGAUCAAGGACGAACCUAAAAACGGUCUGAUUCCCAACGGGAAUAUUAGCAAUACGGAGAAAAGCAUGAUCUGUCCCAGACACAAAUCGGAAUUGCUAAAGUAUUAUUGUCGUACGUGCACUGUGCCGAUCUGUAAGGAAUGUCUGAACAUGGACCACCCCGUUGGUCUGCACGAAUACGAGCACAUCAGUGAAGCUGCUCCCAAACAGAUCGAAGCUAUCCAGCAUGCCGUGUCUGAAGCCAAAAGCAAAGCUACCGACAUAAGGAACAUUUUAAAGAACGUGGAACAUGUCUCGAGCCGUUUGCAAGUGCAGUAUCACAAGGCCCAAAACGAGAUCAAUGAUACCUUCCUCUUUUAUAGAUCAAUGCUGGAGGAAAGAAAGCAAGAGUUGCUAAAGGAGCUAGAAAGCGUGUUCAGCGCCAAACAAAUAUCAUUGGGUGUUGCAACACAAAAGGGCCAAGAGACUGUAGAACAGAUCUACAAAACCUGCGAAUUUGUCGAGAGACUGAAUAAAUGUGCAAACGUUGUUGAAAUUUUAAUGUUUAGAAAAUUAUUAGACGCUAAAUUGCAAGGUCUCUUGAACUACAACAUAGAUCAAAAUGUUCAGUCUGCAUGCGAACUUGAAUUUGUGUCCAACUAUCAAGCGAUCCAAGUUGGUGUUCGAAACACUUUCGGAUAUGUCCGAUCCAACUCAGAGCCCGUCGUGGGUCCAAGCAAACAACCUCCGAUUGCCAGACCCACCGGCGGUGGCGGUUCAAGCUCGAGCGGCAGCAGCGUUAACGGUAGUUCGGGAAGCUUGAAUGGUGGAAUUCACUGUCCUUUCACUAUGUCUGGUUCGAGCCAAUCCACUUCCCCCUUCGAAUCAAACAUAAUUAGCAAAAGAUUCAGUAGUGCCAACAGUUUGGGUCCGUUUUCGACGACCAUCGGUGAUUUGAAUCUCAAUGGAAUAAAUCCUUAUGAAAAGUGGUCCAAUGGAGGGACGACCGACAGUAUUUUCCAGAACGGGACGCCAGAUCCCUAUGCACUAACCAAUGCAGCUCACAGCGAUCCCAUGCUAGACUUGACUACUAAACUCAUGUCGACGGCAAUCUUCCCACCUAAAUCUCAAAUUAAGCGACAAAAAAUGAUUUACCACUGCAAAUUCGGCGAGUUUGGAGUGAUGGAGGGCCAGUUCACAGAACCCAGUGGCGUAGCCGUGAACGCUCAAAAUGACAUUAUAGUAGCGGAUACGAAUAAUCAUAGAAUACAGAUCUUUGACAAGGAAGGCAGAUUUAAAUUCCAAUUUGGUGAAUGUGGCAAACGCGAUGGACAGUUGCUGUACCCCAACCGCGUCGCAGUUGUUCGUACUUCCGGAGAUAUAAUCGUGACUGAACGGUCUCCGACGCACCAAAUACAGAUUUACAACCAAUACGGUCAGUUCGUACGUAAAUUCGGAGCAAACAUUCUGCAACAUCCUCGAGGUGUUACCGUGGACAAUAAAGGACGUAUCGUUGUGGUGGAAUGCAAAGUUAUGCGUGUUAUAAUUUUCGAUCAAACCGGCGCAGUUCUACAGAAGUUCGGCUGCUCCAAACACCUAGAGUUUCCCAAUGGUGUCGUCGUCAACGACAAGCAGGAGAUAUUCAUCAGCGACAACCGGGCGCACUGCGUCAAAGUCUUCAGUUACGAAGGCGUGUACUUGCGUCAAAUCGGCGGAGAGGGCAUUACCAAUUACCCGAUCGGUGUGGGCAUCAACGCCAAUGGCGAGAUCCUGAUCGCCGACAAUCACAACAACUUCAAUCUGACAAUUUUCACCCAAGACGGCCAGCUGGUAUCUGCCCUGGAGAGCAAGGUGAAGCACGCGCAGUGUUUCGACGUUGCCCUCAUGGAUGACGGUUCUGUGGUUUUGGCAAGCAAGGACUACAGGCUCUACAUUUAUCGUUACGUGCAGGUGCCCCCCAUUGGCCUGUAGACAAUUUCAGGCAGGGUCUCCAGCCGCCAUUCCCAACACUUUUUGUUGAUGCAUUUUUGAAUGGAGUGGUCGGAUGCUGGUCUGUUAACGUAUUAUUUUUUAAAGUUGUCAAAAUUGUAACGAUGUUUAUCGUCAUAGUUUUGUAUUGUAUUUCACAUGUUGAUAUUUUUAAUAUAACGUUUGACGAUUUGACGAUGCGAAAGUUGGACGACGCCGUCGCUUGAGAAAACGGCCUGUUGCCAAUGUUGAAUGACCAAAUCUAUCAAUUUUUAAAACAGGGAUAUUAUUAUUAUUAUUCAGAUUAGAAAUGUUAUCCAAGCAUCGCGUGGUGCCUGGGCCAUUGUUGUAAUUUAAAUUGAGCAGUUUCCGAUGAUAUGAUCUAUUUUAAUAUGCGUGUAUGAUGUUGUGUAUGUUCUUAGAAAUAGCGCCUUGUUGUUUGCGGGAUGCCGCGUUGUUACGGACCCUAGUCAACCACGAACUGUACUUUGUAUUAGCUCUUUUUUAUUAUUGUUCUCUAUUUUAUACCUUACCUGUGGAUGUUUAUAUUAUAAAUAUGACCACGUGCCGUGCCCUUUUUCCAGCCGCUCGGGCGACUCCGUUGCCGGCAUUGUUUAUGUUUAUUUUUAGUUUUGUUAUUAUUAUUAUUCACAUUUAAUUUUAGUAAACGCAAGUGUGGUGCAUGCAAUAUCUCUUCACCAUCCCUUCUUAUUUUUUUUUAAAUAGUUGUAGUUUUUUUGUAGUAAUAUAUUUGUUUGUUGAUGCUGCCGAGUUUAAGAUAGAGGAUUCUGGCGUAACGCAUGUGCGUCCGUGUUCCUGUGCCUUUGGGCCAUUCAAGACUAUUUACUUAGUAGCUAGGUUUUCGUUUAAUUAUUAUUUUGUUACCCUCGAGACAAAAUCACGGCCCUACUGUUCCCAUAAUUACCAGUGACAUUUCAACGUGAAAUUCAACUAAAAUUUUAACUGUUGCUUAAUUCACUUUAUCCAAAUUUUAAUUUUUUGAAUAAAAUUGUUAUUAAGUUGUUCGUAUACUUUAAUAAUCAUAACGUUCUUUUGUUUAAUUUUUAAUUUAACAGUAUUUAUAACUAAUUCUCGACCAGGCGAGCAAACUCUGAUUUUUGUCUCGAUGGAACCGGUUUUUUUACAGUAAUUUAUAUCUUAUUAUUAUUUAUAUUAUAUAAUUGUUGUUUUUUUUUGAGAUCCGGAAGCGUCAAUCGCAUUUUCGCGAGGGCUGAGCGAUCUCAAUCCUAAAUACCAGCCCUCUUGAAAAGUGCCGUGAGGCACCAGAAUCUCUCCGAUCGCCAACUUCCGGUGGCCGCCCGACAAGUGUUAUAUAUUGUUUUUAGUGUCUUGUUCAGAGUGCACUCUAUUUUUUCUAUUGUUCUUAGACGUCCUCGGGCGGGCACCUCGAGGCUCCCGAUCGCGACCGAAAGCUCCGGUGUAACACGACACUCAGUUUUUAUUAAUACAUUUUUAAACUUGUUGUUAUUAUUAUAUAUUAAUUUAAUGGUAAAAUUGUUCUUAAAUUAAAU